AUGGAGUAAACUUCACAAAUCCAACCCGUAAAAAUGUCUAAAAAACAGGCCCUGCGCGACCUGGUGGCGCAGCGACUGGAGGCAGCGGCGGUGGAGAUCUUUGUGCUCAUUGAACACGCCUUUGUGGAGUACGAGGAGGAGAUUGUGCGCUUAAAAUGCGCCAAACAGCAAAAGAAUGUGCAGCAAAAACAAGAUGUUCAGACUCCUUUCGGGCACCCAGAAGGGAUUCCUAAACACAUGGAGGAAGAGCAAACCCUAGCUACCACUCUGGAGUACACAUUCACAACUCCAACUCUGAAAUCUGAAGACGAUAUUGACAAAUCUACUUUCCUUCAACAACAACCAGCCAAAGAGAUGAGACACAACACAACUGAACAGCUGUAUGGUGUAGAGCCAGGCUGCAGCUUGGAAUUACCCCAAAACAAUAAUGAAAAAACAGACUGUUAUUCAGAUACGGACGAUUCGGUGGAGUGGGAGAAUUCUGCACAAAAAUCAACCCAAAAUAUUACUCCUGACUUGAUUCAAAAUAAAGACUCACAAAAAGUUAACCCGAAUGGGAAAAGUAAAAAAAGAACGAAAAGGCAACAAGGACUGACUGAGAGUGGAGUGGCCAUCAAAAAGGAGAGAGAUUUGCUCACAUUUAGUCAAAGUGGUGCAGUAGAAACACCAUACAGCUAUUCAGUUUCAAACAAUCAGUUACCUACACAAACUCACUCAUCGAACAAACCUGUGAAUUGUCCAGAAUGUGGUGUGAGAUUGCACAGGCAGCACAGUUUAGACCGGCACAUUUCGGCUGUUCACAGGAGAGAGAAACCUUUCAGGUGUCCAGUUUGUCAGAAAGGGUUUGCCCGGAAAACAGACUGCGUGAUUCACAUGAGGGUUCACACUGGGGAGAGACCUUACAGCUGUCCAGUUUGUGAUAAGACUUUUAAUGUAAAAAAUUCUCUACGCAGACACUUGAGGCUUCACAAAGAGCAGGCAGCUGUCCAGGGAAAUUAACAAAAUGGUCCUGAGACUGAAUAAUUUGUGGAAGGGAUGGGUCAGUAACUGUAAAUGUUGCUUUGCCUUGAACGUUCCAGAGUAUGACAAUAAAUGUAUCUGUAACCAUCGAGACAAGCAUGUGAUAUCACCUGGCCAUGUUACAGGACAGAUCUGUGGAGAGGUAAGCCCCUAACAGCCAGAAAGCAAGGGAACACCUGUAAUUUAAAAAACAAUGCAAGAGAGUUUAAUGCCAUACUAGGAAACUUGCCAAACAAAGCAACAACAUCUCCAUGGAGACGAGCAGACAGCAGAUCCCCAGACAGAAAAAGUUACAGGGAUACUGCAGUAUAGCUUAAAGGCAUAAUGCCUUUAAACUAUACUGCAGUAUCCCUACCGAACAGACUUCGACGUUUUAAACAUAU